AUCGAGACGAUUGUACAGUACUCAGAUCAAUGGUUGCAGGAUCGGGUACUUUUGUUUAUCGGCCCUUUUAGAAACGGCGAGUAUUAAAUUUACCUAUGAGCUCGCACCGGCGACAUAGAGCGCAGAAUUGAUGCUUAAAAUAGGUACAAGCAGGCGGUACCGUCACACUUUUGGUCAUCGGACACUUUUCAAGCGUUUGCCAGAUUCAACUUUGCCCAUACAGACUUCGUAUAGCACCUGCUAUGUUGAACUCGGUGACUUCCCUUCUUAGCGCUUACACCCAUCUUGUCCCAAGACGGUUAAGCGAAGGUCCUAAUAUAAAUAGGCCAUCGCAGAGUUGAAAGGAUGGUUUUUCAUGAUAUGAAUUUUUACAAUUUUUACUUCUUAGUUCUUUGAUCACCAAAUAUGAGUCGCUCAGGUCUGGCUAUCGCUAGCGUCGUCAGCAUUAUGGCUUUCGCAGAGGCAGGGCCUUGUGAUCUGUACGCUGCUGGGAAAACACCAUGUGUUGCAGCGCAUAGUACUACUCGGGCCUUGUACAACGCAUAUAAUGGCAAACUUUAUCAAGUAUCCCGUGACUCCGACGGAGCCAAGUCUGAAAUCAUGCCUCUGACAGCUGGCGGCGUGGCAAACGCAGGUACACAAGACUCCUUCUGUAAGGGCUCAAACUGUGUUAUCACGAUCAUUUAUGACCAAUCCGGACAUGGGAACCAUCUCACCCAAGCACCUCCAGGUGGAGCUGCCCAAGGUCCAGAGCCCGGAGGCUACGACAAAUUGGCCAAUGCGACAGCCGCUCCUGUUAGGCUGAACGGACACAACGUUUAUGGAACAUUUAUCGAACCCAGCUAUGGAUAUCGCAACAACAAAGCGAAGGGUACAGCCACAGGUGAUGAUCCAGAGGGAAUGUAUGCGGUCCUAGACGGAACACACUAUAAUGGCAAGUGUUGUUUCGAUUAUGGCAAUGCUGAAGUCAAUACCAAAGACAAUGGCAAAACACACAUGGAAACGAUCAACUUUGGAAGUGGUGGUAAAGGCCAUGGAAACGGAGCUGGCAAAGGUCCAUGGAUCAGAGCUGAUCUAGAAAAUGGUCUCUUCGCAGGUAUUGGCAACACACCCAAUGAAAAGAGCCCGAGCAUCUCAUUCCGGUUUACAACGGCGGUGCUAAAGGGCAUGAAGGGUCAAUGGGCGUUGCGUGGUGGAAACUCCAAGACGGGAUCUUUGGAAACGUAUUAUAAAGGAGCUCGCCCUGCAGGCUACGAGCGCAUGAACAAGGAAGGGGCCAUUGUUUUGGGUGUUGGCGGAGACAAUAGUGACCGUGGACAGGGAACGUUUUACGAGGGCGCCAUGACGAGCGGAUAUCCUUCGGACAAGACCGAGGACCAGGUGCAGGGAAAUAUUGUUGCUGCAAAGUACUCAGUUUAAUGGACAGCGGCAGUAAUGGAAAACUCUUUUUAGGCAUCUCCUUUUGUUUAUUUACCUGACUGUACCGUGUAUUUUAGCGGACUGCCAAAA